AUGCGAGAGCUUGCCUCUCGUGUAAUACUAGGCCUCUUCUCGGUCAACAAUGCCGGGUUUAAUGCGAUGUCUGCGAUUUUGAUGAUCGUCGAAGCGGUUCUUUCACAUCUUGUGAUUCUUAAAGUGAAAUACACCGAAAUCGAUUGGAGCACUUAUAUGCAACAAGUGGAAUGUUAUACGAAUAAGGGAAUUCUAAAUUAUACACGAAUUGGCGGAGAUACGGGACCAAUCGUCUACCCGGGCGGUCAUCUUUUCACCUACCGUAUCCUCUAUUUUCUGACAAGUUCUGGAAAGAAUAUUCGGUUGGCUCAACAUAUAUUCCAAGUGUUUUAUUUGUUCAAUGUCUAUAUGGUGUUCCGAAUUCUCAAGAAAACCAAACGUAUUCCCCCGAUCGUCUUGCUCUUUGUUACUGUAACUGGCUACCGUAUCCAUUCGAUUUUCAUGCUUCGCCUCUUCAACGAUCCACUUGCAAUGAUGCUAUUCUACGUGGCGAUGGACCGGUUUUUGCAUCAGAAAUGGAUUGUUGGCUGUGUAUUCUACAGUUUCGCAGUUUCCAUCAAGAUGAAUGUGCUUCUCUUCGCACCCGCAUUGUUCUUCACUCUCAUCCUUAACAACUAUUUUAUGCCAACAAUGGGAUAUUUAUCACUUUGUGCGUUGAUUCAACUUUAUGUUGGAGGCCCAUUCUUGUUGCAUGAUUGGAAGUCAUAUGUGCAAAGAUCAUUCGAUUUGGGACGAGUUUUCAUGUUCAAAUGGACCGUAAAUUGGAGAUUUCUGCCUGAAGAUCUAUUCUUGGAUAAACGAUUCCAUAUGGCUCUUCUUGUUGGACACAUCACCUUUUUAGCAAUUUUCGCUUACUAUAUGUGGUUCAGACGUCUCAACGGUCUGCGACUAUCCCUCUACCUCCGAGCUUUCGAUGGAAUCCUCACCAGCACCGGCCCCACUGACACCUUCUACGCUUUCUGCACAUCCAAUCUCAUCGGAAUCGCAUUCUCUAGAUCCCUUCAUUAUCAGUUCUACAGUUGGUACUUUCAUCAGCUUCCAUUUUUGCUAUUCUGUGAUUAUCCUCAUGUUAACUCUAUUUCUAAAAUCCCAUGGAAACAAUUCUUCUGGAAAGUUCCCCUACUUCUGGCUAUCGAACUCUGCUGGAAUGUCUACCCAUCCACGUGGUGGUCUUCUGCACUUCUUCAUAUUUGCCACGUCAUCAUCUUCUGGCAUCUGAUUUCCACCCGAGUACAGAGACCAAUAGAUACAGUUUCAUGGAGGACGUUUGACAAGAUUCAUGAAGAGCAGGAAAUGCUAAAGAACUUGGUUGAAGAACACGAUCAGGUUAUUCCACCAACAGAACUUCCUGAUUUUGUGGAAGAUGAUGAUCAGGAGAAAAUUAAAGAGUACAGAAUGUCCAGGAUGCCGGAAAGGAGAGAAAAAUCAAAGAAGGAACUGGAGAAAGGUUUCCAAAAAUAUUAUAGAGAGCAGAUGGCAGAUGGAUACUUCCAAGACGAUUUUAGAGUCUAUGUGAGUUCUAACAGGCCCUGA